AUGCGUCGUGCCACGUGCCAUGUAUCCGUGCGCUGCACGCAACCCGCGGCGGCACUCACGCCUGUGCGUACCAUUAUUGCCGCCAAGGGCAUCGUAGAAAACCGUAUUGCCAAGCACUACACCAACCGCACUGUCGAUGAGUCCAAGGUGGAGCAAGCGGAAAGCGUGAAAAAGACGCUCCACCCCAAUCCGCGCAACCGCAAGGAGGAGCUUAGCCACCUCACCCAGCACUGCAGCUACGAGUACGUGCCGGAGUUUCAGCGGUGGGCAAAUGAUAUGAUGGCGGUGUACAGCGACCCGCAGGGGUACGGGCACGAUAUGGCGUAUCACUACCAGCGCAUCUGGAAGGCGAAGAGCUUGACGCGCCGUGGCGUGGAGGAUGGCAGCGGCGCCUUCGACGUGUGCCGCGUGCAUCCGCAUUGA